AUGAAUGGGCUGCCCCUCCAGAUUCGGGAGAGACGGGGGAGCCGGGGGGUUGAUAAAUCAAGCAUGCAGGAGUUCGCUGAGAUGAUUCACAACUCGGGCCUUAUUGAUGCAGGGUUUGUCGGAAAUCGGUUCACUUGGUGCAAUUACAAACAAGGAAAUGCUCGUGUUUGGGCUAGGUUGGACAAAGUGCUUCUUAACUCCUCUUGGGUGUUCGAGUUCCAGCUGUUUCGUGUCGAACACCUUCCUCGUAUUAACUCAAAUCAUUCUCCGCUGUGUCUCGUCUUCCUUACCAAGGAUCCUCCAAAGAUCCAGAUAGCUGAAGAAGAGCUGGAAGGAAUCGACUCUCGUUUGCAAUCUGGCUAUUCUGAGGAGCUCUCGCGCCAGUACAUUGAAGCCCAAAAAAAUCUCCAUCAUCUGCAGAUCAUGGAGGAGGCUUUCUGGAAACAAAAAUUCAGGAACUCCUGGCUUUUGGAGGGGGACAAAAACACCAAGUAUUUUCACUCGGUGGCGAACGAAAGAGCCCGAAGGUCCACCAUUUCCUCCAUCAGAAACUCGGUUGGUGAAACAGUCUCUUCUAUCCAAGAGAUUAAAGCUGAAGCGAUUACUUUCUUCCAAGAUCUUUAUCAAGCUGAACCUAUUAGCUUCAACGCUGAUUUUCUCCAAGCCAUCCCCCAGGUUAUCACCAGCUAA